AUUGCUAUAGUAGUUUUUAGCAUUUAAUAAUUAUGGAUUCUCCUAGAAGUGGCCUUUUCGCUUUUGUGCUUCUUCAAGCUAUUUUCUUGCUUUCUUCUCCAGUGCACUGUGAUGAGGAAGACGAUCUUCUUCAAGGUCUGAACAGCUACAGGCUCUCUUUAACCUUGCCAGCUUGCCUUGCUGAUAAAAUUGCUGACAAGCUAGAGGACCAACCUUGUACUGCAGCAAGAGCAGCAAGCCCUGUCCAAAUAGAAAGCUACCCUGACAUACUAUCAGAGUGUGGCAUUGAUGUUAAUCACACUACUGAAGGUGUUGUAUUGCCUGCUUGCGGACCCCAUUUGGUCCCAACUUUAUUGCUAACAAAUUAUACACGAACCACGUAUUCAAAAUAAAUCAAUGAUUCAAGGUUCACUGGGGCAGGACUAGGUCACGAGGAUGAUUGGAUGGUGGUGGUCUUAACCACAAGCACCCCGGGAGGGGACUUUGCUGGGGCUAUUAAUUUGGUUUCCAAGGUUGGUUUUGGCCAUUCCUUGGUGACCUUGUUGCUAGGAGUUCUUGUGUAUCGAGUGUAUUAAAAUUAGGUGAUAACGAUGGCCGGCACUCUUGUGUUGUUUCCUUAGUUGGCAUUGUAUGUUAUGUGUUGUUGUAGAUCAAGAAAUUUAGCAGGCUUAGUUCUUAUCCUCCUAACAUUCUGAUGUUGUAACAGACAUUUGGAACGUCAUCCAAGGUUGUUCGUCAUUCAAUCUGUAGUUCCUAUUUCAAAAUUUUCUUGUGAAAUGUAUUGAUAUGUGAAUGAUUUUGACUA